CAGAAACAGGCAAAGCCCCAAGUCAGUCGUCCUGAGCCGGUCCAGUUUGACCACUGUGAAACUUGUGACCAGUACAUGAACGAGGGUAAAGAACAUCUUAGGCUUAAACGUACUGGAAAGGCGUACAUACAGCUGUCCAAAGUCAUACGAAAGAAACACAAAGGUAGCAACAACAACCAACAUCAGAGACUUGUCAACGAGGCUUUGGCACUGGUCACAAGGAGUCUCAGUACCACCUUUAACCCUGAGAUACCAGAAAAUUUGGCAAGAAUUCCUGCGGAUUUUUAUCAGAAGAUCAUUGAUGGAUUGGCAAAGGAAGAGAAAUGGCGACAAGUUGACAUCAUGGUUCGAGAGAAUCGGAAAUAUCAUGGGGAUUUAUCUCUGCGAGAUUUUGCUAAAAAUAUCAACAUUUCGCGCGUGAUCCGUCAUCCAUCCUUUCUCAAGCAAGAUGACCUUCUUGCUCAGCUCAUUGACAACAUGUUGGACAGUGGGGCAGUCAUGGAACACGAGGGGAAGAUGUGUAUUCUUGCUGCGAUCCAAGAGGAACAUUUCAAACUGCUAUGUACACUGUUUGAUAGGGGAGCUAAGCCAGUGUAUUUGUCCCUACAGCCAGGAGAUACACCGAUUCACGCCGCCUUGUCAGUCGCCCUGGAAAGAGACAAAGGCAAUUUUGCUAUCUUUAAUGUUCUUCUGGAUAAAUUCAAAAGUGACCCAGAGAAGUUUGCCAACUUGGACCCUAAUCAACAGGACGCUAAUGGCGAUGGACUCUUUCACCUCGUAGCCAAGAUGAAAUACAACAGCACAACUCAGAAAGCCACUGAGCUACUGUGUGAAAAGAAAAUUUCUGCACUUGUGUACAACAAUGAAGGAAAGCUGCCCAAAGAUUAUCUAAUCAACAAAAAGAAUGAUCGAAGGUUGCAGUUCUUCCGACUAGCAUCUGUUGAAGCAGCAGCCAAAAAGCCGAAGAAGCCCCGGCAGAAACUGUUGGAGGAUGGCAUGCUGGAGGAAGAGCAGGAUCUCCUUCAAUAUGAACGGACAGAUGAAGCUCAAGUUUCUGAAGUUCCAGAAAAACUAACACGCAAGGACAAGAAGUUGAUAUAUGCCAAGUCAUCAACACAUCGAGACACGUCCAAGAAGAAGAUUGAGGAGAUGAUCUUCAACUUACCAGACACUCCUUACUCAAUAUUCAAUCCUAAAGUACCAAGAAUGGAGGAAAGCUGGAAGUCAAGGAAAUCAAGGGGAGGUCAAAAGGGAACGAGAUCGCCUGACACAAAAGGCACUCUCAAGGUGGAGAAUCUGGAUGAAACAUCAAAUGGAACAGAACCCUCUAUACCAGGGGAUGUAGCCACUGCCACGCCCCCUCUACAGAAUGAUCAGGUCAUGGAGGAAGUGAUCAAUGGGGAGGUAUCACCGGAGGACGAGGAUGAAGAAGAAGAGGAAAAGGAGACAUAUGAGGUAGAUGUGCAGGCGUUUGACAAUUUGGAUUGGGAAGUGGAAUGUACUUCAGACGUCUGGAGAACCCUCCGAGACAACCAUGUCCUGCCCGAACUGAAACAGCGAAUUGUCCGUAAAGUCCAGCAUCUGGCCAGUGGAGAAUGGCGGCGGUCACUAUGUAAACCUAUUACUGCCAGUAAGAUGCCAGAGACUCUUCGACUGUUUGAGGCCAAACUGUCCAAGGGAGGAAGGAUAAUUUGGGAGCUUGCCAUUGCAUUCUCGCCACGGUUGAGUGAAUCCGCCGAACGUCGUUUGAAUGCUGAGGAAGAAGACUCGGCAGAUCUUGCCGUCCAAGGAGGAAGGAUUUAUUCGGAGGUGAUCCGAGUUUGGGACAUCGUGUUCAAUCACGAUCAUAUUUAUAGGUGUGUGGAACGCAUCAUCAAGUCACACAAUCGCGGUGAGGAGUGCAUCAUACAGAAAAAACUCAAAGGAGUAAAACAGACUCAGUUCCAGGAAGAGGGAGGAAAGCGUUACCCAAUGAUAUUUGCCGAAGCUGAUGUCGGAUUGAAGGAACAGGAUCUGAGGGAGUACCAACAGGAACUACAGAGAUUUUAUCCGCCAGCUAGUAGCAAUGAUACUGAGUACCACAUCCUCAAGUUCUACUCAUUUUCCUCAAAUUUAGUCUACCACGUCCUACAGAAUAUAGAGACAAAGGUAGACUUUCCAUUCCGCGUGACUGACCUGGAGCAUGCCAUUAUCAAUCUGAGGUCUCAAGCACCCAUCCUGCUGCUGGGCCGAAGUGGGACAGGCAAAACAACCUGCUGUCUUUACCGCUUGUGGACACAGUUCCUGUCAUAUUGGACCAAGGCAACACAGGCAGAGGCCCCACUCCUUCCCAGGUGUCCUAUCUACAGGAGACAGGAAGAGGAAAGGGAAGAAGAUGAUGAGGAAGGAGAGGAUAAUGAAGAUGAAGGCCAAGAGGCAGAUGAUCCUUUAGAAGAACUCCUUGGAGCGACAGUUGGGGCUGAUGGCAAAGUGAUAGAGGAAAACGGAGAAGAGAAAGAAGGACAGAUCUAUGACCAUCUUCAUCAGAUCUUCAUCACAAAGAAUGCUGUUUUGUGUAAUGAGGUGCAGAAGAAUUUUCGAGAGCUGAGCCAUGCAUGUGCCAUCGCAAAGAAUCAUGUGGAGGUUGAAGACCAAGUGCUGCCCCCACGUCUACAGGACAUUGAUGACUAUCGCUUCCCACUCUUUAUCACUUCCAAACAGCUGUUGCUGAUGCUGGAUGCAUCUCUUGGACCACCAUACUUUUUCGAGCGUGGGGAGGAUGGAGGACUGAAGGUUGAUGUGCAGGGCUGGACUGAUGGUGAGGGAACAUUGAGCAUUCUUCCUCUUCUGGCCGAAGAUUCUGAUGAUGAGGAUGAUGAUGAUGGACAGUUCGAUGAUAUAGAGGAUGAUGAUGAUGAUGAAAGACAACAGGCUGCCAUAAAUGAAGUGAAAGUUGACCCUCGAAGAGAGAUUACUUACGAUGUCUUCAGCAAGGAAAUUUGGCCAAAAAUCUGCAAGAAAUUUAGUGGAAAAUACCAUCCUUCACUAGUGUGGACAGAAAUCAUGUCAUUCAUCAAAGGUUCAUUUGAGGCUCUAUCUAAACCUAAUGGAAUUCUACAGAAGGAAGAGUACUUUGAACUUGGGAAGAAACGAGCUCCCAGUUUUUCUGGCAGACGUUCUGACAUCUAUGACAUCUUCAAGCGAUACGACCAUUUCAAGAAGCAGAAGUUCCUGUUCGAUGAGACGGAUUUGGUUCGGUCAGUGUACAAUCGCUUGAAGAAUGAGACGGACAUUUCAUGGGUUGUCCAUCAGGUGUUUGUAGACGAAACCCAAGACUUCACUCAAGCAGAGCUCUGUCUCCUCCUUCGAAUCUGUCAGGAUCCAAACCAGAUGUUCCUUACCGGGGACACAGCUCAGAGCAUUAUGCGUGGAAUAGCUUUCCGCUUCAGUGAUCUCAAAUCCAUCUUCUACUAUGCUAAACAGUCGUUGCAAGCCAAUGGAAAGGUAUCAAGUAUUGAAGUCCCAAAACGUGUCCACCAGCUUACCCACAAUUACAGAUCUCAUGCCGGUAUACUCUUCUUGGCCUCGAGUAUCCUCGACCUCAUGGUUCGCUUUUUCCCCGAGUCUUUUGACCGUCUACAAAAAGACCAGGGCCUGUUCAAUGGACCGCCCCCAGUGUUGUUAGAGUCCUGUAGUUUCAGUGACCUGGCCAUGCUGCUGCGUGGAAGUCGUCGAAAAACUUCGCACAUCGAGUUUGGGGCACAUCAAGCGAUUCUAGUGGUGGACGAAGCAGCCAGAGACAACAUACCAGAGGAGCUUCAGCUGGGACUUAUCCUGACCAUCUAUGAAGCCAAGGGACUCGAGUUUGAUGACAUUCUGCUCUACAACUUCUUCAAGGACUCGCAGGCUGUCAAGGAAUGGAGGGUUGUCACAGAGUAUUUGGAAGAGCUGGUGAUGGGAACCAAAGGAGCGAAGGGAGGCAGCCUGCCAUCACACCAGGAAAGUUUGGUAGAGAUUGACGCUGAUGUGCUACAGCAGACGAACCGACCGAGGGCCCUAAAAUUUGAUGCCAGCUUGCACAAAGUGCUCAACUCGGAGCUUAAACACUUAUACACGGCCGUGACUCGUGCACGUGUUAACGUGUGGAUCUUUGACGAGGACCAGGAAAAAAGAGCUCCAAUGUUUGAGUACUUCAAGGCUAGAAACUAGUCAAGAUCCUUAACAGCACAGAUUCCAGAAACCAUUGGCGGCAUGUUUGCAGAGGAGUCCAGUCCAGAAGACUGGAUUCGACGUGGGGAUGACUUCAUGAAGCAUGCUUUGUAUGAAGUUGCUGCAAAGUGCUUCAUUAUGGGAGGUGACCAUCAGCUACACAAAGUGGCCCUAGCUCAUCAACAAGCUCUGAAAGCCUCUCGCACAAAGGACAGUCACCAGCACAUGAGAGAUGAGUUUCUCUUUGCUGCCGAGAUGUUCCUGGACUGCAGUCUUCCAUCACAGGCAGCUAAGUGUCUACAGAAUGCCGGGGAGAGAGAGCUUGUUGCUCACUUGUUCGAGAAGAUUGGCUGG